GAUUUCCUUCUUUACUCAAUCUCAAUCUCAAUCUCAAUCUCAAUCUCAAUUCAACAAACUUUCAUAAUACUGACUUCAAUCAUUUAGUACUACUAUCUAUAUACACAAUAUCCCUUUCAACAAUACGAAUUUCAACACCCUCCUACUCAUCCUCUUAUUCACGACAAUGGGCAAAAAGUUAAAGAAAAUCAAUAACCCUUCCACAACAUCUCCAAUCGAUACCCCUCCAUCUACAUUUACAGAUUCUCUCCUCCUUCCCAAACUCAUCGUAUUCGAUCUCGAUUAUACAUUAUGGCCAUUCUGGGUAGAUACACAUGUUACACCUCCGAUCAAAGCAAACUCUGAACAUUCUGCGACGACCGAUCGUUGGGGGGAAAGUUUUACCUUUUAUAAUGAAGUCCCUUCAAUUCUCGCACAACUUAAAAAUCAUGGCAUAAUGGUUGGAGCCGCAUCUCGCACAUCUGCUCCUGACUUGGGAAGAGAAAUGUUAAGAUUACUUCAUGUUAUGGAUAUAGAUGGGAAGAAGAGGAAAGCCAUUGAAUACUUUGAUCAACUCGAAAUUUAUCCUGGAAGCAAGAUUACCCAUUUUACGAAAUUACACAAGAGUACGGGGAUAGCAUAUAAAGAUAUGUUAUUUUUUGAUGAUGAAGCCAGGAAUAGAAAUGUUGAAUCUUUAGGAGUUAAGAUGUGUUUGGUUCGAGAUGGUGUUAAUAAAGCAGAGAUCAAUCGAGGUAUUAAAGAAUGGAGACAAAUGAAUGGUCAUGAAAUGAAGGUAUCUGGUUUGGGGGAUAAGAUGGAAGGUUCUUCUAGUGCUGAAUAUAAUGAUGGCAUGGAUAAUGAUAAUGAUGAAUAGAUAGAAGAAUAGAUUAUGGGUUAAUGAAUUGAAUGUUACUUGGAGUUUUGGAUGUAUUUGAGAAUAUCUGAAGGAGAAUUGGAGGAGAGAGGAGGGAGGAGGGAGGAGGGAGUAGGAGGGAGGAGAUGAGGAGAGGAGGAGAGGAGGAGAUGAGGAGAUGAGGAGAGGAGGAGAGGAGGAGAUGAGGAGAGGAGGAGAGGAGGAUAGGAGGAGGGUAGAAAUGAGUGGUAAGAGUGGUAGGAGUGGUACUCGAGACAACAUCUACAGACGAAGAGUAUGAGAACAUACGAGUACGGGCACCAUGGGUAGUAUGGGUAGUAUGGACAGUGUGAGCAGUAUGGAUAUGAUAACAUCAAAAUACGGUCUCACGACAACACCCACAUAAUAAUAUCUUGACUUUCUCAAAAGCCAGCAAAUAAGAAGAUGUUCAAUACACCAAUAUUACAUGCACAUCA